UUCAAUUGAUAUCCUGAGCCAGGACUUUGUACCCGAAAUCCUGACCUUUAAACCCAGGUUUAUUGUCUUUAAUUAAUUUCCAAGACUGAGCUCAAGAGUUCCUUUACGGUCAUGCGGACCACGGAGAAACUAUCAGGAAAUGCUCCCUGUGGAAACCCUCACCUCCCACUCUGCAGCCUGUGAUUUAACCUGCUAUUUUUUAGAAGGACUUUAAUCACUUUAGCCUACCUUCAUGCAUCAUGCGAGACUGCAGCAGCACAUGACGUAGAAGUUUGUUCACGAGUUGGUGAAUCUGCUGGGGAAAAACUGCUCAGCCAGCUCCUCUGUCGGGGUCUCCUCACCUGAUCCGCACGCCACUCCCAGCCGCCGGUGCGCAGCUCUUUCCGGGGGGCCCGAGGCGGCCAGGAUGGGGACACCGGGGGAUCUGCCUGCUUGGAAAGUGACGAUGUUCCUCUUUAAUUUAAUCUCAGCUGUUGUGGCCAAGAGACACAUCGUUUAUUGGAAUUCAACAAACACAAGGUUAACAGCAGGAGAUAUGUCCAUCCAGGUGAAUCUGAAUGACUACCUGGACAUCUACUGCCCUCACUACCCCAACAAGAGGCCCCAGGGCUCCGGGCAGCCCGAGGAGCUGGCCCUCUACCUGGUGGGGGAGGCCUCUUUCCAGGGCUGUGUGGAGACCAGAGGGGCCAUCAAGAGGUGGGAGUGUAACACCCCCUACGCCCCCUUUGGACCGGUGCGCUUCUCUGAGAAGAUCCAAAGGUUCACCCCCUUCUCGCUGGGGUUUGAGUUUCUGCCAGGGCGCCACUACUACUACAGCUCUCUACCGACAGAUGAAGGCCCUCCUCUGCCAUGUAUGAAGUUGCGCGUCACCGUGUGCUGUGAGCCCAUAACAACAUCAGAGGGUUCAAAACAAAUACAAGAAACUGAGGCUGUAAUUAGUGCCUGCUACCUGAGGACAGCUUCCCCUCCCCUCCUGCUCACCCUCGUCCUCCUCCUGCUGACUACCUGACUUCCUCGUCCGUCCGCACCGCUGACCUCGCACCCGUUCCCCCCCCCCGGCCCGAGAGAUGGAGACGGUCAAUUUACACAACGCAUUCUCCGUUCGGACAGUGAAUGACGCAAUGUGUUCUGUGCCAAGUUGCUGCAGAUGACACGUCCCAUUGUGGCUGGUUUACCUGUGAAAAUCCAGAAGAAAACAAUGGUGUCUUUUUCUAGAACGGGGCCACAGUGACUCAGGGACCGAAACGCUGGAUCACAGUGAUUAAUUUCUUUCACCCUAUGUGUAUAGUAACACAGAAUAUCACACAUGGAGCUAUAAGACUCAUAACGAACUCUGAUGCCAGAUAGCAUUGAGUCUGUCAGGACACGUUCCAAACAAGUUUUUCCUCUACCUUUUUGGUUCAGUUCCUCAUGUUCCACUUUUUGUGUUGUAUUCUCUUAUUUUUUGAGUACCUGCCUCAUGGUAAAAAGUGACCAAAUUAAAACACUACUGUACUGAAUGGCUCAGGUUGAGUUUAAAUCAGUUAGCUGGGGACUUUCAUUAUUUUCUUCAUAUUGUUAGACAUGCAUAACUGACACAUUUUUGAAGUUUAAGAAAAAGAUGAUUAAGAUCAAUUCAUCAACAAAUGUAUAGAUUUUGGAAAUAAAGGUAUUUAGGAGGAAAUUAGGAAUGAUUAGUCAACUGGGGCUGCUGCGCCCCCUACUGGGAUCAAACUGGUUUAACUGGAGUUGGACUGGGUUGGCCUUAAACUUAAACGUGAACCCUAUAUUGCGGUCCUGUGAGGUAACAACGGGACCUGGGACAGAGUUAGUCCUCUUUGAUUGGACCCCAUGUUGUUCUGCUUCUCUACUCCUCUCUGCUUCAGAAUAUAGCACAGAACAGAGGGGUUUAUGGGUAAAGAGGGAGCAUCAGCGCGCCUUGCUCCACUGAACACGCUGCGGAGGCUGAUUUGUCGAUGCCCCCUGGUUUUUACACAUCCUUGAUUUUAGGUUUAACUGUAUAGUUAAUAUAUUCUGCAAAAUUAAGAUGUAUUAACCGCAUAAAAAUAAGAGCGGAUCUCUGAUAUUCAAGUGCAGAAAUUGGACAAAAUGUAUAUUCUGGUAAAGGAUGUGUUGCGUUUGUUUUUUGCAUAUGCUCUGCUACAAUGUAGUUUCACAGGUAAAUUGAUAUCAUGUUAUUUUUGCCAAAUAUUUUUGUUUAAAUAAAUUGAUUGUCCAGGAUUAAGAAAAAGAUAUCAGAAAAAAACAUGACUUUAAAAAUGUAAAUGAACAGCAUAGUUGUUUAUUUUUCAUUGAAAUUAAAUGAAUUUCAUAUAUUUAUAAAUUUACAUAAUUAUUCCCCCACAAUAUUUGAGUGACUUGAGCUCAGAAAAUGUAUAGGUAAUUGUUUUUAAAUGUUUUAUUCUAUCUUUAAACUACAUUGUUAGCACUUAAUAUAUGCUCCUCCAUGCUGUAAAUCACACCAGUCAUGCUAUUGUUUUUUUACAAAUGUUAAUUUCCUAAAUGGGUGAUACAAGUUAUGUUUGAAGAUGUGUUAAAUAACUUCAGUGUAGGAUUUUACAAUCAUGUACAACUAAUGUGUUUUUGAUAUCUUAAGUGUUUGUUUAACGUGUUCUUCUUUCACAUUUUAGUGAAGAAUGUAGCUUCUUCUGUGAAGAGCCAAUUGCAAUCUGAGCCUUUUUUUUACGUGGCAAGACAACACAAAUAAAUAUGGUUCCAUUUAAA